AAAGCUUUCUCUUAAGAAAAAAAAAAAACAUACACACACAUAUUCUUACAAACAGCUGCCAGUACCUUUCGAGAUGGAUUUUGGCAACGUCAACUGCAACGGUAAUGGUAACGGCAUCGGCAAUGGCAUUGGCUUCGGCAACAGUAACGGCAAUGGCGACGUUAAUGGUAGUAACGAAAAGGUUAAUGGAGCAAAUGAGACGAUAAAGAUGAAACCAAUGGACAGUGAGUUGCUGAGAGAGCAAGGUCACAUAAUGGUUGAUUUUAUUGCUGAUUAUUACAAGAACCUUCAAGACUCUCCUCAAGAUUUCCCUGUUCUUUCCCAAGUUCAGCCUGGUUAUCUCCGUGACAUGUUGCCUCAUUCAGCACCUGACCAACCAGAUUCGUUGAAAAAACUUCUCGACGACGUUACGAAAAAGAUAAUGCCGGGGUUAACUCAUUGGCAAAGCCCGAGUUACUUUGCGUACUAUGCAUCAAGCACGAGUGUGGCCGGAUUCUUGGGAGAGAUGCUCAGCGCCGGCCUGAGCGUCGUGGGUUUCACCUGGCAGACUUCUCCGGCCGCUACUGAGCUCGAAAUCAUUGUUCUUGAUUGGCUUGCUCAAUUACUACAACUCCCCGACCAUUUUCUCUCCACAGGAAAUGGCGGAGGAGUGAUCCAAGGGACAGCUUGUGAAGCAGUGCUUGUGGUAGUAUUAGCUGCUAGAGACAGAAUUUUGAAGCAAGUUGGCAAAACAUCACUUCCGCGACUUGUUGUCUAUGCCUCUGACCAAACCCAUUCUAGUUUCCGAAAGGCUUGUCUGAUUGGUGGAAUACAUGAAGAAAACAUUAGGGUGCUCAAAACUGAUUCGUCCACCAACUAUGGCUUGCCACCAGAAUCACUUGAAGAAGCUAUUUCUCAUGAUCUCGCUAAGGGUUUUAUCCCUUCCUUCGUUUGUGCUACUGUUGGCACAACGUCGUCAGCCGCGGUUGAUCCUUUGGUCCCAUUGGGGAAAAUUGCAAAGAAAAAUGGGAUAUGGAUGCAUGUGGAUGCAGCAUAUGCAGGGAAUGCGUGUAUAUGUCCAGAGUAUCGAAAGUAUAUAGACGGGGUUGAAAACGCAGACUCCUUUAACAUGAAUGCUCAUAAAUGGUUAUUUGCUAAUCAAACUUGUUCACCCCUUUGGGUUAAGGAUCGAUACGCUCUUAUUGAUGCUCUCAAAACAAAUCCUGAGUAUCUAGAUUAUAAGGUUUCUAAACGAGAUGAAGUCGUGAAUUAUAAAGAUUGGCAAAUAUCUCUCUCUCGGAGAUUCAGAUCGUUGAAGUUAUGGAUGGUUUUACGGCUCUAUGGUUCUGAGAACUUGAGAAACUUUAUAAGAGAACAUGUCGAUCUCGCUAAGCAAUUCGAAGCUUAUGUAUCUCAAGAUCCACGUUUUGAGGUUGUUACUAGUCGGUACUUUUCACUCGUUUGCUUUCGUCUUGUGCCUCUUGACGCCGAUGAAGACAAGUGUAACCAACGCAACCGUGAACUUCUUGCCGCCGUUAACUCCACCGGCAAGAUCUUCAUCUCUCAUACAGCUCUAUCGGGAAAAUUCAUAUUACGAUUUGCCGUUGGUGCACCGUUAACGGAGGAGAAGCAUGUCACUGAAGCAUGGCAGAUUAUACAAAAACAUGCCUCUAAAUUUACAUGCAAUGGCAAUUGUUAAAAAGAUACCCAUAAAUCUCUUUUUUUUCUUUUCUGUUUCAUUCAAUAAAUUCCUCUUCUACUUAGAUUUUGGAAUAAAAAAAAUUAUUACGAAAAAAAUCGGUUGGUACAAAUAUUAUUGAUUGAUUGUUUUCGAGUUAAAAAUUGAGAGUGUUACACGAGACUUCAUCCGGAUAUGUUGACAAGUACAAAUUCUUGGCAUUGGGGCAUAUGG